AUGUCAAGCGAUCCUAAACAAACGAUAUACAUCAAUAAUAUCAAUGACAAGGUAUCAAUCGACAAAGUCAAGUCAGUGCUAGCUACACUUCUACUGCAGCAUAAACCCACAAACAUAUCCCUCGCUAAAACCUUAAAGCUAAAAGGGCAAGCAUUUGUAACAUUUGAAACCAUCGACGAUGCAUCCAAGGCAAUUGAGAGCUUAAAUAAUCAAGAGGUGUUUAGUAAGCGAAUAAGUGUUACUUUUGCUAGACUGGAAAGUGACGUAUUACUAGAUAAGAACGAAUUGAAGCAAAUUAGAAAAAUCCGACAUGAAGAACACAAGAUCAAGAAGCAAUCACAAGCUAAAAACAAAAACAAAACCAAACUAUCAAAAUCAGUGCUUGAUAAAACGACGUCAACAAAGAAAAAUCAAGUUGAUGUUGAUAGUUGGAAGAACUUGCCACCAAAUCGCAUAUUACUUUUGCAAAAUAUAAGUGCAUCAUUGCCCAUCACUAAGGAAACAAUCGAUAGUUAUUUUCAGGAUUAUGCUGGAUUUGAAAUGGCUAGAUAUGUCAGUGUAAGACACUUGUCAUUUAUUGAAUUCGAGAACGAGGAUGUGGCUCAAAAUUGCUUACAAUCUGUCAAUGAGGAUGACAUAAAGAGUAAAUUUGGCAACGAUAUCGUCUUUUCCUAUGCAAAAAAAUAA